AUGAGCAGCAUCAACAAAGUGGAAUCGAUGUGGAUCAAACGGAAAGCGACGACGGCGCCGGUAAGUCUACGUACUUGUUUUAGGUGUUCUAACGCUUGAGCUUAGAUCCUUAGGUCCAUCUUUACAUCCCUAGAUCUUUAGAGCCUCAGAUCGUUACGUGUUUUAGGCGUUAUGACUAUUGCAUGACCGUGUUAAUACUUAUCUGUCUGCUACAUACCAGAAGAAUUUUUUUAUCUUUUUUAGAAAAUUUUUUCAUGAAAUGUGAUCAACUGACGAAAUGUAUAGCAAAAAUAAACUCUGCUCGUAGAAAAAAAUAAUUGUAAAUUUAACUUUUCACACGAAAAAGUUAUUCGAGUUGUUCCGUUAGCCCCCUUUUUUUCACGCAACAACUCGAAUAACUUUUUUGUAUGAAAAGCUAAAUUUACAAUUAUUUUUCUACGAGCACAGUUCAUUUUGCUCUACAUUUCGUCAGUUGAUCACAUCUCAUGAAAAAAUUUUCUAAAAAAGAUAAAAAUUAUUUUGGGCGAGUUGUAAACGUUCGCGCUUUUGCAGACGAGUCCGCAAAUAAAAAUUCCGCCGAGACAAUUGUCGCCGGAGCCACACUUCGAGCAGGGUCUUCCCAACUACAUUCCGCCGGAGCGACCGCUCGGGUACGUCUACAAAAUUAAUUUCCCGCCGCCGAUUUACACAACUUUUUUUGUGCAGACUUCCAAAAUCAGAAAAUGGCAACGAGAUGAUCGACUUGCUGCUCAAAGCCUCAACACUUUUGCCGGCGGUAAAAUGCGAAGGCGUUCAGCUGAGAGUUCGUCAAUUGGAACGGGAAAUUGGCGAGAAAAAUGUGGCACUCAGCGGCCAAAUGACACUUUUGAAAAUUGCAAAAGGUACGUUUUUAAAGGUAUAUUUAAAAUCAACAUAUUUAAAAAAAAACUUCGAAGUGGGGCAUUCACUUUCCCAAAGUCCCGAAUUACGAAAAAAAAAUCCCCGAUUUUAAAGAUUUUUUUUUCAAAAAAGUUAAUGGUACCGAGAGAAGUACACGGCGAAAUGGAAGAGCUGGCCUAGAUUUUUCUAGUCCCCGGAUGGAAUUCCCCUUUCUUCCGAUUUUUUUCCGUUUUCGUGCAAAUUUCUUAAAUUUUCAAUCGUUUUUUCACUGAACACACUUAUUUGCAAUAUUUAAAAAAACAUUUAUGUUUUUUUUCUGUGCCGUGACGCCAAAAAAAUCGAUAAUCUGAAACUUUCAAAAUUUAGCAAAAUUCAGAAAUUCAGAAAAAAUCAGCCAUUUUUUGUAAAACCGAAAAUAGAAAGUUUUUGAUUUUUCGCAUUACUUUGAAAAAUAGAACUUUCUGUAACUGGCAAACUUUAAUUAAGACUCAGGAAAUGAUUGAGCGAUCUCUUUCUAUUUACUUUUCAACGCGCAAGCCGAAGAUUGAGCGAGAAAAACCCGGAAAAACAACAAAAAAAAGUUUCAGAUUAUCGAUUUUUUUGGCGUCACGACACAGGAAAAAACAUAAAUUUUUAAAAAAAUAUUGCAAAUAAGUGUGUUCAGUGAAAAAACGAUUGAAAAUUUGAGAAAUUUGCACGAAAACGGAAAAAAUCGGAAGAAAAGGGAAUUCCAUCCGGGGACUAGAAAAAUCUAGGCCAGCUCUUCCAUUUCGCCGUGUACUUCUCUCGGUACCAUUAACUUUUUUGAAAAAAAAAUCUUAAAAAUCGGGGAUUUUUUUCGUAAUUCGGGACUUUGGGAAAGUGAAUGUUUAUUUUAAAAAUAUGUUGUAUGUGACACCACCUUGUAAGCUAGAAGACGAAAUUUCAAUGUUCGUUUUCAGAAAUCGACAAGUUCAAUUGUCAGGAAGCUUGGAAGCUCUAUCAAAAUGCGUUUGAAAAACAUGAGGUAAUUGAAUGAUAUUAUAAAUUAUUGAAAAAAACACAAAAACACUUCAGACAACAAUGUUCUGGACGCGAGGAAUUCGUCUGCUCAUCCUCGAACUUCGAGACAACCAAAAACUAAGAAUCGGACAAUAA